UGAACACUUUGAAUAUCGCCUCGAUGUAAGAUGUACAGAAACACAAUUGUACAGUGACAAUUCCUUGUCCCUGAAAUAUUACAGGGUGAGGAAUGGGCCCUGCAGGCGAAUUAGGAGGGAAGGCAUCUAGGGUAACAAAUGGAGACACUGACUGUGCAAAAAAACAUUGACAAAAAUUACAGAGGUUCGUAGGAAAACAAAAGGAAGAGAAAUCUUCAUUUGGCUGCGUGCAGAAAGAAGUCAAACAGAUAAGGACAGAUGAGAAAAUGCCUCUCCAGCAGUAAUUUAAAUAGCGACUGCAAGGCUGUGAUUCAAGCACCAGCAUUACCGUCCCCGCUGCAAAGGCGCAUUCAUCACCUACGCCAGAUUUGGUUGGGACUUACAGUGCAGAACAGCAGCGGGGAUACCAGUGUUUCUGCAGCAAUGCCUGCAGCAGCGCCUGUGUUUACAAAUAAUGGGUUAUGUCAGACCUUUGGUGACAUUUGGUUUCCCGGGAUAAUGUCACUGCAGGAAUUCUGAUGUUAUUGAGUAGUACACGGAGAGCAGUCAGCAGUGGCGGUGCAGUGAGAGCGACUGCUUCGUUUGGUCGCCUCUAGGCGAGUUAUCGCUGCGAGGGGAAAGGCAGAGGUUGGGAUGGUGAAUGGCAGAUAUUGUACCAGACUAGGAGGGCUUUGCUUCAUCUGUAGAAGAUGUAGGGAUGUUACCGAAAUAUUUUUCCCCCUAUCUUGUGGAUCCUCUUUGCUAAACAUCUGUGAGAGUAUGUGAAAAUCGAAACAAAAUCCCCGGUUUGGCAUUGACGUUUCAGUGGUUGCUGAAAGGGCUCUCGCUGUGAGAAUCGGCCAAGAGCUGAAAGUUAAAACUAUUCUUAAACCAGCAAGAUAGAGCAGUGCAAGCACCAGACCUUUCAAGAUGCUGUUGUGGUGUCCGUGCAGCUCUCCGGCUGCAGAAACCCAGUGCUGGGAGAGCCCUGGCUGGUGGCUGUGCAUCCGACCCAUUCGGCUGCAGCCCGGCAGUUUGUUUCGGUUGCAGAUCGGGGCUCUCAGAUUCAGUGCAUGCCUUCUGGCUGAUGCAGCCCCAUUGCCCUUUCGAUCAGCUGUCUUCCGGCGUUGCCGCUGAACCCAGAAUCGCACAAAAGAUACAUUUUCUUUUUGACUUAAUCUUGCUGAUCUCUCCUUAUCUUGCAGACGAUCUGGCCUCAUCUAGAGUCCGCCUCUAUUUCUUCAUCUCGAAUGAAGGGAACCAGAACUUGUUUGUCGUUCAAGCCAGCCUGUGGCUUUACUUGAAGCUGCUUCCAUAUGUCUUAGAGAAAGGCAGCAGGCGAAAAGUAAGAGUCAAAGUCUAUUUCCAAGACCCGGACACUAGCAACAAGUGGAAUGUGGUUGAAAAGAAAGUCGAUCUCAAAAGAAGUGGUUGGCACACUUUUCCCAUGACAGAGGCGAUCCAGGCUCUGUUUGAGAGAGGAGAAAGGAGACUGAACUUGGAUGUUCAAUGUGAGGGCUGUGAAGAGUAUUCAGUGCUGCCAAUUUAUGUGGACCCCGGGGAGGAAUCCCACCGGCCUUUUUUAGUGGUGCAAGCCCGCCUCGCUGAUAACAAACACAGGAUCCGGAAAAGAGGCCUGGAGUGCGAUGGCAGGACCAAUCUAUGUUGCAGGCAACAGUUUUACAUUGACUUUAGACUCAUUGGGUGGAAUGACUGGAUCAUAGCACCAUCAGGUUACUAUGGGAAUUACUGUGAAGGGAGCUGCCCGGCCUACUUGGCUGGCGUCCCGGGGUCGGCUUCCUCCUUUCACACCGCCGUCGUGAAUCAGUACCGAAUGCGGGGGCUGAACCCGGGCACCGUGAACUCCUGUUGCAUUCCAACCAAACUUAGCACAAUGUCAAUGCUGUACUUUGAUGAUGAAUACAACAUUGUGAAAAGGGACGUUCCCAAUAUGAUUGUGGAAGAAUGUGGUUGUGCUUGAUUUGAGGUGUGUUUUUUGGGGGGGAGAGAGAGAGAGAACAUUCCCGUACGAGAUGGUGUUGGAGGAAGUUUCACUGUGUAUCCAGGCAUCAGUGUUGAAAAGUCACUGUGGAAAAGUUUGACGAAAAAAAAAAAAGAAGUCAUUUCACUUUGGUGUCAGGACAGUGGCAGUUUGUGGAUCUUGGACACUUAUAUAUCCUACCACUUAUAAGUUAACGCUAUGAGAUAUCUUAAAGACACACACACACACACACACACACACACACACACACCGUGCGCACACACAACCACGCGCUCGUGCACACACAGACACACACACAGACACGAGGCAGCUUGGGAAAGGGACGUGAGCGCAGGAAGUCAGUGACCAGUGACGACGUACCUACAUGCCUGCCAGUACGAGUGGACGGCUGCGCAGCUGUAUCCCCGCCUGCCAGCAAAGCCAGACCGAAAUGAGCUCCCUUUGCUCAGGCAAAAGCACAGACUGCGAGAGCACAACGUAUUCUUGCACGCAGGUGUCGAAAUGACCAAACUUAGA